AAAUAAUAUAAUACAAACUUUAUACACAAGCUUGAUUUUUACCAACCGUCGCAAGUUUAUCCACUAUACCAUGUCUUAUAAGCCAACUGUCGCUGUCCUCGGAUCUAACGGGGUUUUGGGGAAGCCAGUCAUUGAAGCAUUAUCCUCGGAGCCCUUCUCCUCCAAGUUCCAGCUCCCAAUCCGGGUCAUCACCCGCUCCAAGGGUGAUCGUCACGACUCAGAAGAGGUCAAGUAUUACACUGCUUCACUUGACGAUACUGCCUCGUUCAAGGAUGCUCCCCACGGGGCCGAUGUGCUCAUCUCUUUGGUAGGGAAUGGUGCUGACCCAGCUGAUAUCUUGGAUGUUUUGGCGACUGCCCCAUCUCUCAAGGUGUACCUUCCAUCGCAAUUUGGCACAGAUUUGGAAAACACUCAAUAUCUUCCAGUCUUGGCCGGUAAGACCAACCAUACCAAGCAAGCCCGCACCCAAAACCCGAACGUAAUGGUUGUGGAUGUUAUCACGUCUCUCUUUGCCCAAGAGGAUCUGUUUGUUUACGAGAGGCCUCAGAUUUCUGGUGCCAAUCUCGAAAACAAGACCGCCACUUUCAGAGGCGAUCCAGCUUUCAAAUUUAACGUUUCAAAGUUCCCGGAUAUUGGAAAAUCUGUGGCUGUCAUUGCUUCCACACCAGUGGAAAAGUUGAAGGAUACCAUUAGAAUUUAUUCAGACAGUGUAUCACAAGAGGAGGUGGUUUCCCAAUGGGAGAAAGCGCACGGCACCAAGCUAGAAAGAAGUAGUAUUUCGGCCGAAGAAACUUUGAAAGAAGCCAAGGACAAGUUGACUGGCGGAUUCAAGGGCUCCGAUUUCGUGUUCUAUUUACAAACUUUCAUCUCACAAGGCGAAGGUAGGGGCUUGGCAUACCACAAUAUCCAUGACAGAGAGUUUGUGAAUCCGGGCGAGUCAUUGUGGAAGUGGGAAACAUUUUAGUUGUUGGUUUCGGCAAAGAUAUUCCUCGUCUGGAUGAGUAUGAUGGCGAGUAAUCAGUCAAUUUAAACCCAACUUAAUUUUUUUUUAUAUGGUUCUAUAAUUAUU